GGGGUUCAGUCUGAGUGUUGACAAAGGCUUUCUGUGCUGCAGGAGAACUUUCUACAAAUAUUGUAUGGCACAGCUUGUAAUACUUAUCAUUUGUGGUUAAGUCAAUUGUUUCGGGUCACAAUGACAAUGAUAAUCAGAUUUACAAGAAAACUUGUGUUCCUAGUACUGCUGCCAGAGCUUGUUUCUGUCGCUAAUCGAGGACAAGACAUUAGAAAAUACUAAAAAUAGGUUGUUGAGAAAAUGUUUUGUUUGGUUUCAUUGAGAUUGGGAACACAUUUUGUUCAAUCUCAAAUUUAUGGAGACAGCAGCUCAUUAUGCAGUCAGUCUUGAACUGAGUCUGGUUCUGUCCUCCGGGCACACAGUGCAAGUGAGGGUGAACUCCUGAGUUUGGUUUGGAAAUGGGGAUUUAAAAAACAAAAUCACUAAACUUAGAGCAGGAAGUCAGAAUCAGUUUUAUUGGCCAAGUAUUGUGUGCACAUACAGGGAAAGCGUAAACAUAGCUCUGAGGGUACAGUGAUAUGCAACGUCUAACCAAGGGGAAGAGUUUUAACAGUUUGAGUCCUGGGUGUGAGGAGUCUGCAGUGAUGUUACUUGCCUGUUUCUUGACCUUGGGUCGGUAUAAGUCCUGGAUGGAGGGCAGAUUGGCCCUGAUGAUUUUCUCUGCAGUUCUGAUUGUCCAUUGCAGUCUUUUCUUGUCCUUUACAAAAGUUUAAUUCUAAGUUCAAAGUUAACCUUUGCGUGUACCCCUUUUUCCCUCCACUGAGGUUUUUACUUCUUUUACACCUUCUUCAUGCUAAAGAGCUCUCACUUAUUUAUUCGUUUUAUAUUAUCUCUUCCUGUCUUAGUACAUCAGGUUUUAUUCUUUCUUUUUAUUAUUUUUGGCUCCAGUGUUUCCCAAAGGUAGCUCUUUCCAUACGCAAUGUCUCGGUGUCAAGCCAUGUCGCCUUAGCAAUAUAUCUUGAAUGCUCAUUUUGUGUGUGCUUGUGUGUGUAUUUGUGUGUGUUUGUGCAUGAGGGUGGGUAUGUGUCUGUGUGAACGGGUGGGAGGGUUGGGUUUUAUUAUUGUUAUGAGCCUCCGUAAGGCACUUUGAAUUGCAAGCAUGUAUGAAAAGUGCCAUAAAAAUAGAGUUGAAAUUGAAUUUGAAUUUUGAAGGGGAAAAAAGUGCAAUUAUACAGCAAAAUAGAUAAAAGGCACUGUGCAAUAGCAGUAUCUUGAUGUAAAAAAUGUUGCAUCUGUAUUUAACAGUGUUUUUACUGUAAAGUAUAAAGAUUAGUAAAGAGUAUAAAAAAGAUUAGUAUAAAGUAUAAAGAAACCUUAAAGACACAGGAUGUAAACAUGGGGGCAGUCUGGUUCUGCUUCUCCUUGACAUCUGUUUUGCCGACCCUGGUGCUAACCUGAAACCCUAAACUGUGACUGGCAAAUGCAGGGCAACUUUUGUGGAUGUGCUGCAACCUUAGAUUGUAAAGUAGCGGACACUGUAAAUGUUCAUGGACUGCAAGACAAAACAUGUACAGCUCCCCCUGCUGACUGGCCAACUGGUUGCAGUAUGGGUAAAACAAAACUCUGCUACCUUGGUAUGAGUGAUUGUGAGUAGUGUGAUUUACAAGUAGAUUUCUGUAGAAAUAUAUUGACUCACACUUCAAGAGCAAGAUUGAUACAGUAGAGGAUUUCAAGGAUAUGGUGACAGUAAUUACUGUUUUGAAACUGUGAUUUAAAGGAAAGCAAAGUAAUUGUGAUAAACUACUUUAUUUAGCUGCAAUCCUACGAUAAAAUGUACAGCAAAUGACUGUGAUUUAGCAGAGGAUCAAAAGCCUUGGUGAAGCCAGCCUUUAAUUUUAAUUGAGUCACAACUGCUAUUGUUGCUGUUUUGGAACAGAGUAAGAAGCAAGAUAGACCCAGUUUAACCAGCCUCCCCCACACAGCUCACUGCUGUACCAACCAAAGCUCCAUUACUGCCUAACUCUCAGCUACUCUCUCUCUCUGCUAAUACCCAUCUGACCACAUUCACAAGGGUUUAGCCCCAUUUAAAAAUCCAUCUAAGACAUGAUCUACCAGUUAGCUGAAAGAGUGCGCUCAUAAGUAGAGCAGCUAAUGAAGGAAUUUGGGAGGGAACACUUUACUCGUGAAAGAACAGACCAGUUUUUACCAGUUUCAGAUGUACAGUAACCAAGAUAAAUGAAUGAAAGCAUUGGCAUGAUAUGGAAGUAGAACAAGUAGUUCCAGAACAAAGCAUGUUUUAUUUAUAGUAACAUCUAUUAGGGAAAAUUUAAAAAGGGGGUUAGAAAUGAUGAUGAGAGACAAAAUUGACCAGAAGAGACCGGAUUUGCUUUAGGACUCUGUAUGUGAAUAUUCAACGAAUUUAUGUCAUGUUUGCCUGGACAUUAAACACUUAAUCUGAGAAUAAGAUCUUUACAAAAAGGUCAAUCAGACUAUCAGUUAAGUUCGGGGAUAUCAAUAGAUCUACUGGUGUCUUCAUGACCUUAUCAACCCUAGCCAUCACAUUAUAAUGUGGUCCACACAGUCUGUAUCUAAAUGCACAUCAUGUACUCUUCGCAUGAGCUGUAAUCUCAAAGAAGCAGCAUGUGAUGUCUGUUCUGGGCCAAAAAAAAAAUUAUGUAAUGUUCCUUCACCAAAGUAGAGGUUUGAAGUGUAAUAGUGUGUUAAAAUACUCCGGGUAACACCCUUUUGUUGAACCAACCCUCACAUGCACUUUCCCAAAAACACAGGCGAUGAAUCCCUCCAACCCCUUCUGUAAAAAAAAAAAAAAAAACAGGUUGCAUGCUGAGUCAAAAGCUUGUCCCUACCUACCUGGAACAUUUUUUUUUUUCUCAGAACGUGAUCAGAGACGAGCUUUUAUGAUUUUCCCAUUAGGGAGGAAGAGCUAACUGGACUGUCUCAAAGAGGAGAGUGAGGGAGAGAGAGAUAGAGAGAUAGAUAGAUAGAGAGAGAGAGAGAGAGAGAGAGAGAGAGAAAGGAAGGGAGAGCAGCCAUCUGUGUGUUCUGCUGCACUGGAUGCAGUCUCCAUGGCAACAUGGUGCUCCCGCAGCAAAAAAAAAAAAAUCCUGGGAAGAUGGUUUGGUCCCCACCCCCAUGCGUAUGCAUACAGGCGCUAGACACACACACACACAUGCAGUAGGAUGGUGCUCGUGCAUCCUCUGUCCUUACAAACUCACAGACACAUAAAGAUCUUACAACUAUUAAACAAUUUUAAUUUCAUACUUAUUAGAUACAUCUUUUUACAGUUAUGUUUUAACCCUUUGCCUUCAGCUCUUAUGCUUGGACCCAAACUUUGAAAAAGCAAAGUAAUCCUUUGUAAGAACUUGAACCUUGCAUCCCUCAACACUGUUUUACCUCCUGAAUAAAUCAUCUGUCACUCACUUUCACCUCUCUCACUGCAUCUUAACAUGUGCCUCUAUUCCCUGUCAUCAAUUGUUAAGGCUGCCAAGAUUAAGUCAUUCAUCUCUCUUGUAUCCCUCUUUGCUAUCCUGCAGCCUCAGCCUGUGUGUACGAGGAGGACAGGAAGACUGUUUUGUUCUUUUUUUUUUUUACAACUCGGGCUGACUGGUUCCCUUACAUAAAGACCAUCAAUUUUCUGUUUGAUAGUUUUGCCAUUUUCUUUUCUCCUUACACAUGCAAUCAAAAAAAAAAGAGAGAGAAAUAGAGGAGGUAUAAGGGAGAGUGGGGACAGGAGUCAUAAAAAAAAGAAAAACCUCUGUCUCUUUGUUGCCAUCUCCUCUUCACUCUGCUCAUCUCCCACACUAUUGGUCCGUCCAGCCCCCUCCCAUUUUCACACCAGCCACUCAGGUUGUACAAUCUCUCUGUAUCUCUUGCCUCCUAAGAGCCCCCCCUUUCUUUUUCUCUUUCUCGCUUUCUGUUUCUCCCUCAGUGCUUUCCCUCCUGCUAGCACACACAUACAUGCCAGCUCCUGAUCGCACACACACACACACACACACUCACGCCCUGCUCCUGCGCCUGCCUCCCUCUCUCUCUCUCUCUCUGUGUGAGGUGCUUUACUGCUCUGGCGAUGUCAGGUUUGGCGGACGUGUUUCUCUCCCUGUGGAGGAGGAGAGCACGCUGAAAGUUCCUUGUACCUCCCUCUCUUAUCUGUCAGGAUCCUGCUGUAAGUAAGUCUCUCUUCUCUCUCCCGUCCUUUGCUGUUUCAUGCCAUCCCCGCCUCAUUCCUCCAUCCUCCACUGUCUUCAUCUCACCCUAGUUCUCCCUUUGGCAGAGGAUCCUUCUGUCACGUCUCUCCCACUCCAUCCCUCACUCCUGGCUUCCCUCCCUUUCUCUCCCACAUACAGUCUAUGUUGUCUGUAUGCAAACUAAUGCUGCAGGCCAAAUGCUGGCUGAGCACUGGUGUGGACUGUGCAUCAUAGCCUGUAAAUAUAUGCUGCUUGUGUACGUGAGGUAGCCCAGCCAGGCUGCAGUCAUUUUGCUGAAUGACAUGAUUAUAUUCUGUUGUGAUUGCAGACUGUCUGACAUUCAAAAUAAUGAUUUAAAGCUUUAUGCGUGAUGUUCAUAAAAAGCUUUAGUCAUUUACUGUACGCAUUGUAUUGAGUGUAGUAACUGGGUUAAGAGCUUAUUAACAGAACAGAUUUGCACAUAAAUUUAAAUAAUCCAUAAACUACAUGAAUUUCUGAGCUUUAUUAGAAAGUUAACCACAUUAUUAAUGACAGCUUUGGUGAUUGUUCUAUUGUUGCAGACGAAACACAUUACAGAGUUUGAAUAAUUACUGAAGCCCUCCAGUCCAAGAGAAACCCUCUCAGAACUCUUGAUAAUAUAUUGAUGCUAAGCUUUGGGGAACACUGGUGUUACUUGGAGAAGUUUGUCUAAACUCAGGCAGAAAGAUCAGGCAAGUAAAUUCAACCCCUGUGUUGAAAUCUACCAAGAAAUAGUUCAUAAUAUCCUAAGCAGAUCUUAUAGCUCUUGCAAAAAGUGUUCAGCUGUUUGAGAGUUAGAAAGUUACACUUAUGUCUCUCUACAGUCUACAAAAGCAAGCCAGGCAAUCAGUGUAAGGAUUGAUUAUCGCGAAGUACAAGACAUCGUACUGUGGAGACUAUGCAACAGUAGAGUUAACCCAUCGUUCAGUAAGUACAGUGUCAACCAAAAUAUAAGAUUCCCCUGAUCAUAAGAUUCCCCUCAGCUUUGAUCCAAAUACUGUUUAAUGACUGAACUUCUUUUACAUAGCAUAUCAUUCAAAACAGUUUUAAGUAUUUCUACACUCUCAACAGACUGACAUCUGUUUCAGGGUGCCCUCACUUCUAACUGGACCUGUACAGAUCAGCUGAUCGCAGAUGCAACCUCUGAUUGGUCAACAGACCAAAACAAAAAUGGCAGGCCCUGACUAGCACAGCACCCAAUAAGACCAUCCCACUUUUUCAGAUGUAUUUCAAAGAAAAAUCUGGAAUAAUCUCCCAGUUAAUCCAGUCUGUGGAUGUUUUGGUGAUGGUUUUUGACUUGAUUCUGACGGCUGUUGGAGUGUAUUUGGUGGUCUAUUCAUAGAUAUUUUAGGCUUAUAUUUACAAAACAUAUUUUUGUAUUUGACUCAUGACUAAAUAGAGAAGCUUUUUCAUUUAGACACAUUCUCGGUAUUGACAGUAACUGCUUUUAUGAAAAAAAAAGACAUAUCAUGCUAAAAAUAAGCACAGUCAUACCAUGAGUUGGUGGUAGUGGUCCUGCAGACUGUUGGUGAGCUCGCUGAAACAGCCCACUUAGAGUUUAUUAGGCGCUUUUGGAGCUGAUGUACCAAUCAACAGAAACAUUUACUGUUCCAGACUGUAGUUUUAACAUUUUUUUUACUUAGUCCUGUCUACCAGAAGUGAAAUACAGGAAAUAAAGCAACUAAAACCCAAGAUAAAAAAAAAAAAAAAUAAUGAUAAUGAUCAAAAUCAAAAUGAAAGCAUCACAGAAACAUUGUUUAAUAAAGCAAUGUCUUCACUCAGGAAGUUUUGGUCACAUGGCUGAUAAAAAAAAUCAUAAGUUUGAAUAUUUUUAGAAAUGUAUGAUGACAUGUACGAUGAUAAUUGUGCUUAUUAGUGUAAGUUUAUGAGGUAAUGUGUUACUCCAUCUCUCUGCUGCCUUUCCUCAGUCUGAUUGAUUUUGUUGUUUUAUUUUCCAGUUUUCUAUAACUAUCAUGACAGCAUCAUUAUCGUCAUAUUUUGUGGCCACAAUAACCGUGAGGUGAAAAUCUCAUAUCAUGACAGCCCUACCUGUAUAUUUUAAGACGUCUGAUAAAUUUAAACGUUUAUAAGACCUGUGGUGAAUGUGGGUGACAUGUGGCUUCAGUUUCUACAGAAUCAAUACAUUUAUUAAGACGCUGUGCUCUGGCCAGUUUGUUUUCACUACCUUCGGCGUUGUUUUAUAGAGAAGCAGUUUCAUCGGGUGAUAAAAGUCGAGGUCUCUAACAAGAGAAAAACAGCUGCAAACCCUGGGCAAUGAACACCCCCACUGCUCUUGUUAUUUUGUGUCUCUACACCGCAGAUUCAAAACAACAGCGCUUCCUCUAAAGCUGCCUCCACUUACUGCAGGCCAUGUUAAAGUUCUGUAUGAAAUCAGACACAAGUUUUGUCAGCUUCUCUCAUCUUUAGGACUCUCUGGUUAGAUACCUACUUACAAGGGAGAGUUCACAAACAGAGCUACAGAACUGUGAUGUAUGGAAAUAAGUUAGACAUGGAUGCCAUCCCAAGCAAUUCGAUAUCGCAAAGAGAACUGUGGCAUCCCUAAUGGGAACAGCUUAUGUUGACAUUUUUUGUGGUGAAAUUCUUGAUAUAGUGAUAGAUUUGACUGUUGAAAGAAAUACUGAAUCUUGUAGUUAGAAAACACUUUCUCCAUGUUCAAUCAAUAAAGAGGUGAUAUACACUGUUUUGUCCACAGGGGUCACUAAAACUGGCAUGAACUUUAACGUUGUCCCCGUUUUGAGUAAAGUGCACUCUUAAGAGACCACAGUGCGGAUUCUAAGUUUGUGCAUAAGCUGUCUAUAUAAAUGUUGAAACAUUAUAAUGGUGAUCUAGGGGCACCUCUGGGUGCUGUGGGGGGGAAGUAGAGGCUGGAAUGUCCGGCUGGCAUGAGAGGAAUGUCACUGGAGCUGCAGGGAGGGAGUGAGUUUCAGACGAGGAGAGAUGUAGACCUGAUCACAUGCUGUAUAAUUCACUGAACUGUCAUCAGGACUGUAACCACCGGAUUUUCACAUCCAUUUGUUUGUUGUCAGACUCCGUCUCCCUGAGUUCUCCUGUAAAGGUGCUGAUGUUUUGAUUGUUGCAGUGAAAUGUUUCUAUACUGUGACUGUCAGCUCAGUUUGCUGGAGCAGGGAUGCAGAGACUAAAUGUCGUCUCUUGUCUAUGAUCUACCGUUUUCACUCAGCAGCAGUUUUUUCCUGUAACGUCAAGCUCAUGGUGGGAAACCCAAAAGCUGUUAUAAUCUUGUUCGUUUGUGCUGCAGGUCCCUAAUCAUAUUAAUAGAGGAAGUUUAAAAAAAAAAAGGUACAGACAGCUAAGCUAGUUACGCAUGCCUUCCAAUCAUAGAUGAGACACAGUUAAGCGUUAAUAUAAGCCUGUAAGAUAUUAAAUGCUGCUAAAGAUGUCAGUGGAAAGUAGCAACCGGGUUUUUAAUGUAGUAUCAAAAGAUAUUUGACCCUUCAGGUGUUCAAUUAGCAUCCUGUACUCUUAAAAAAAGGUAUUGCACCAGCAGAAAUAACCCAGUCUGCUCAGUUGUUAUGGUUGUUACCUGAGUGCAUGUGUGUAUCCACCCUCAUAGAGUUGACCCGCUUGUAGGUGAAAGUGUUGCUAUGGGUAACAGGAACAAAUUCCUUCCCUUAUCUACAUAGUCAAGCAAGUUCUUCUGUGUUGUAAUGUUGAUCCUAAUGUUGUUUGGUGGAAAUCAAGUUGUCAUGACAAUCUUGGACUCGUGGGCUCCAAAUCACAAAGAAGAAAAAGUCCUCUGAGCAAAGUUACAGCUUCAGCUACAACCUUUGUACCUGUGAUUUUUGAUUUUUUUUUAUUUACCAGGUAUUUUUUCCUAUUUCAGUCGUAUUGAUACCCCUCAGUAUUCUUCUCCAGCCUCCUUUUCAAACACUAUCCUGCAUUAUAAUGAUAAAAGUACUUAUUUCCUGACUCAGUCUCAGCUUUCAUGCAUCUUGGUCGCUCCUUUUGUAUUAUACACAUGAUUGAUGUAGUGUUAUAUGAACAGAGACAGUAUUUAGGGCUCUUUACCAGAUGUUUGAAGUAGGAUUAAGCUUUAUUUAGGACCAUCUGAUGUACAUAAGAGUGCCUUAAUCUAAAAAAAGGGGAACUUUCAACCCUGCGUCUCUUAUUUGGUAGGAAAAAGUUGUAUUUAUUGUUCAGAACAUUGUUUUUGGUCUUAGAUUAAGGUUAUCGGGUCGCCUUAAGAUGUUUUUUAUCAUCAGCUGUUUGAGCUUUCCACACUGUUGUCCUACAAUCUUUGAACAGAUUUUCAUUCAUUGAAGUAGUUUUGAACUUAUAGUGGUAAAACACUCGUACCAUGUAGUGUUGUAGUGGGUGGGACACUGAUAAAAGAAGAAAGAGUUUAGACAGUGGGGGAACUAAAUUUCGAUUUCGUUUUAAACAGGAACUUCAAAGUUAAAGCCAGAGGAUCACUGUGUCUACCUGGCUAAAGGGAUGAGUUAAUGCUCAUAUAGGAGUUGCGGUGACUGUUACAAGUGUACACUCACCGGCCACUUUAUUAGGUACACCAUGCUAGUAACGGGUUGGACCCCCUUUUGCCUUCAGAACUGCCUCAAUUCUUCGUGGCAUAGAUUCAACAAGAUGCUGGAAGCAUUCCUCAGAGAGCUUGGUCCAUAUUGACAUGAUGGCAUCACACAGUUGCCGCAGAUUUGUCGGCUGCACAUCCAUGAUGCGAAUCUCCCGUUCCACCACAUCCCAAAGAUGCUCUAUUGGAUUGCGAUCUGGUGACUGUGGAGGCCAUUUGAGUACAGUGAACUCAUUGUCAUGUUCAAGAAACCAGUCUGAGAAGAUUCCAGCUUUAUGACAUGGCGCAUUAUCCUGCUGAAAGUAGCCAUCAGAAGUUGGGUACAUUGUGGUCAUAAAGGGAUGGACAUGGUCAGCAACAAUACUCAGGUAGGCUGUGGCGUUGCAACGAUGCUCAAUUGGUACCAAGGGGCCCAAAGAGUGCCAAGAAAAUAUUCCCCACACCAUGACACCACCACCACCAGCCUGAACCGUUGAUACAAGGCAGGAUGGAUCCAUACUUUCAUGUUGUUGACGCCAAAUUCUGACCCUACCAUCCGAAUGUCGCAGCAGAAGUCGAGACUCAUCAGACCAGGCAACGUUUUUCCAAUCUUCUAUUGUCCAAUUUCGAUGAGCUUGUGCAAAUUGUAGCCUCAGUUUCCUGUUCUUAGCUGAAAGGAGUGGCACCCGGUGUGGUCUUCUGCUGCUGUAGCCCAUCUGCCUCAAAGUUCGACGUACCGUGCGUUCAGAGAUGCUCUUCUGCCUACCUUGGUUGUAACGGGUGGUUAUUUGAGUCACUGUUGCCUUUCUAUCAGCUCGAACCAGUCUGGCCAUUCUCCUCUGACCUCUGGCAUCAACAAGGCAUUUCCGCCCACAGAACUGCCGCUCACUGGAUAUUUUUUCUUUUUCGGACCAUUCUCUGUAAACCCUAGAGAUGGUUGUGCGUGAAAAUCCCAGUAGAUCAGCAGUUUCUGAAAUACUCAGACCAGCCCUUCUGGCACCAACAACCAUGCCACGUUCAAAGUCACUCAAAUCACCUUUCUUCCCCAUACUGAUGCUCGGUUUGAACUGCAGGAGAUUGUCUUGACCAUGUCUACAUGCCUAAAUGCACUAAGUUGCCGCCAUGUGAUUGGCUGAUUAGAAAUUAAGUGUUAACGAGCAGUUGGACAGGUGUACCUAAUAAAGUGGCCGGUGAGUGUAUAUUCAAAGCUACUAUCUAAUGCUGCUUUAUUUUUGUAUCAAACUGUCAUUUGUUUUGGUAAAUAUGGUUUAUGUUCCACAGGCACAACUCUUGUCAGUUCCUGUUUGUUUAAAAAAGUACGUGUAUGUGUGUCUGCUUUUGCACGCAUAUCUUGUACUUGAGGAAUAAACAGAUUAAUAUGUGGUGGCAUGGCUGUGCUCUGGCUGUGGGCAGUCAAGUCUCCAAAGCAUAUUCAACUCUGUUUACUGUGUGUUGUAGGGUUGGAGAGCCAUGUGGUGAAAUCUCAGAGACAGAGCUGAGAGAUGCCGUCAUGUCAUGUUGGAUAUAUUUAGACGGGUCCCUCGGGGGGGAGCUCAGUAAUAGCACGAGCCAUAUUGUGCCAUUUUUGAGCAUUCCACACAACAUCUGCGAUAAAUACGCUUAGUUAUACUCAGUUUGGUCGACUUUAUAAUUCAUUCCAAUAUGCAUUAUCCCCUGAGAGGCUAAAUACUUUGUGAAUGAUCUAAAAAUUACAAAAACUUGCAAAAAAAGGACUAACUUUGGAGAUGAGUAAGGUAGUGGACUGUAGUUGUUGAUGUGUGGCCAAAAGAGCAACUGUUCACAUUCACUGCUAAUUUUAGCCCUGCCAAAGCUCAGGUAAUUCAACGAUUAACAGGUUUCAUUUCUCACAAUCCCUUCACAAUAAAAGCCCCUUUUUCCGAUAAUGCCUGGAUAUGGAAUACUGUCAAGAGCAGCAGCUGGAAUGAACUCAGACAGUUAUAUAAAGCAGAUGUCUAAAAUAUACAAACAAGUAAGUAAGAGAGAUAAGAAUUCAGAUCACAGAGAUUUAUUUAGAAGCUUCAGCAUACUGAGAAUUGAACUCGGAGUGGUUUAUGAAAACAUCUUUCUGUGGUGUUAAGCACAAACAUGAGUCAGGCACUGAAGACUUUUUUUGUUUAAGGGGGAGAGUGGUUUGUGGUGUGAACAUGCAUUUACAUUUGUAAUCCCCUUUUAUUCUGUACUACAGGGAUAUGAUACUAUAACCACAAAAAAAUAGAAAAAAGGAAUAGAAAUUUUAGAUCAUAUCACCCACCCCUAGUGGGACCGGGCUAACUUUCAGAAUCAAGUAUCGAACGCACAGGAUGUAAAUGACAUUUUCUUGGUGAAAAGAGGUCAAGCUUUUGUUCUGUACGAAUAAAACCAAAGGAUUAGCUGUACUGGCUGACCCCUGAAAACAAUACACCAUCGAUGUUACUUCACUCACCGUUUUGUUUGCUAUCCUUGAAGCAGCCAUGCAUUUUCAGGGACACUGCUGACACUGAAAGCUGCAUUUACACCGAAUGUUUCUGUCUAUGGAAAAUAACCACCACACUGAGCUCUUUUGGACAGGUCUGAGUUACUCUGGGGUAAUUUAGGAAUCAGCUAAGUGUGAAAGUUGGUCUUUUUUUAACCAAGCGGGAAGCUAUGUUUGGGCAAAAUUAGGUUCAGUGCACUGUUUUCAGCAAAUGUAAUGUAGUUGUGUGUUAAUGACUAAAGCAGAGCAUUAGUUACAGGGCAAUUAAGGUUACAGAAAACCCGUUAUUGAGGCAUUAAAUGCGGAUUAAGGAUGAUGUGUUAGAGCACUUUGUGUUAGACUUCUAUUCUGGGAUCAAUUUUAACCACUUGUAAUCAGCUUUAAUCAAACCUCGUAAAUAAUAUUGCAAAAUAAACCCUGGUACCAUGCUCUAUAGGUCAGAGUCACUAUCUCUACCUGAGCUUAGUCAGUUUUCAUGUUUGGGAACAUCCUGAUUUGUUUUCUCUGUUGUUUUCCUAUCGACAUGCUUCUGCACUAAUGAUGUGCAGCCAGAGUUGUGUGCACCUGUGUGUCUUUGUGUGCCGGCAUACCGUGUGAGUCCCUGUGUUAAUAUGUUGAUUCAGGCGGUUCCUGUGACACAUUCCUGCCCGGCUUGGCUCAGAUCAGGCAAGCUGAUAAUUUUAGCUCCGCUUAUGUCAGUCAGGCCUGCUGUGUGUGGACAGAAAAGAGAGGGCACCACUCCUGGGACAUUUAUCAUCCACUACAUCAUCUUUGCCACCGGACUGUGUGAGACAAGUAUGUGGCGUCUUGUUUUCCUUCAAAUACGUGGUCAUAGAGUAAAUUUUUUCACGAUGGUUGCACAUUCUUCUGCUAGGAGUGUUCACAUACAUGGUGCAUCUGCAUGUAAAGUGGUUUGCAAAUGUGUAAAUCUUACAUCUGCUGACCGUUUAGCAUGAUCAACAACUGUAUUUCUAUUUAAAUGUAAAUUAGUUCCCACCUGAUUAUCAUACUAAGAUGAAAUACACAUUUGUUUUUUCAUGUCAUGGGUUUUAAAGUGCGUAAGACAAGGUCAAGUUACAAAAAAAAUCCAUCUCUAGCAUCCUACACUGUUUAAUCUUGAGUGUUUCUGUGCUAUGAAGGGCAUGUACGCAAAGCGCCCAUGGCUAAGUGCUUUCAUUCCACUGCUGUUGUGCUUAUUUUCUAGAUAUCUGGCUCUUACAUAACCCACUUUUUGACCUUUUUUUUCUCAGCAAGCACCCUGAUGAUGACGAGAUCUAAACUUCCCACCUACCUGUAUGAAUAAACACUCGCACAAAUUCACGGACGGGCUCACCAUCACCGUGGCCCCGGUUCUGUUAUGCCAUGUGUCAUGAAGCUGUUUAUGUUAAUAUAUGUUUAGCUCCAGGCAUCUAUUCCCAGAGUUAUUUAAAGAAACAAAUUAUUUCAGGAUCAGCUUGUCCACCCUGUGGCACAUGCUCCUCUUUCACUGGAAUAUUCUCACUGGAGAGAGAGAGAGAGAGAGACAGGGUUGUGAAGGAUAGGAAAAGGUGGAAAUCUGUGCGUCAUGUAAUAUUCCCUUUGAAUGUAUUUGGCUGAGAAAUAUUUAAAUGUAAGCUUUAAGAUGCGGAUUUGUGUCUAAUGCUGCGACUGUUCCUUUGAAGGAUGAAACUGUUCGUGCAAAUGCUUUGAUGUUCUGGUGGUUCAAGAAGAAUAGAUGUCAUUGUCAAGUGGGUUUGUUUGGUAUUCAUAUGGAUUCAGAUGAGAUUAGAGAGAAAAGGAGGUUACAUUUCCUCCAAAUUUCUGUAGUUAUGAAGAGGUUAUGACAAGUUGGCUCACUCUGGCUCUGCAGAGAUGUGAUAGUCUGUAUCUCUCUAUCUGAGCUGCUCAUAAAUCUGUUUCUCAGGGCUGGGCAGAGCUAAGCUGCUGCUCUGAUGUCUGCCUUGAUGUUUUUUCAUGUCAAGAAUCUCUUGAUGAAGUUCUUUUUGUAACAGAGUGAAAAGGAGGUUGAUGAAAUGAUUUGAUAACUGCAUUGGUUACAGAAACACAUUGUUUGUGGCUUAGAUCAGACCUGCCUGCCUGCAAUUGAAAAAUCACUCCUGGACUUGUGAGACACUUCUUAAUACCACAGUUCCACCAUAGAAGUCUGCUCAUGGUCCACUCAAAACAUUAGCCUUUUAGCUUUUUAACAUUUUCAUUAUUUGGUGCAGUAAUUUCAUUUAUUUGGAGAUAACUCUAGACUUCUACAGGCGUGUAUUUAUGUUAACAUUUCUGUCUUCAUUCAGCUUUGCAGUUGACGCACCUUUACACAUAGAUGAAGUAAAAACAGUUUAUUACAUUGUUGCUUUUAUUGCAGUGGAUUGAUUUGUUUGGUGUUUCAUCAGGUUGUUGCCGGUUUUCCUUUUUACAAUUAAAAGUUAAUCACAGUUAUCAUGGUGUUUUGACCGAUCGGAAUCAAGUAUUUAAAGUUAGAUUAUAGUUUAGUUCAAUCAUGGCUGUGUAGCAAAGCUUUACUGAACCAUAUCUCAAAUUUAUGCAUACGUGAAACUGAUUCUAAACUCUAGCAUAAGAGGAAAAUCUUGAUCAAUUUUGAUUCAGGCAGUUUCUUAACUGCAACCAAUUUCCAGUAGCCUAUCAGUAGCCCAUGCAUGCCAUGUGUUGGGGGUGUCUCGAUAUGAUAUUGAUAUCAGAUAUCAGUCCAAUAUCAGCAAAAAUAUGAAUAUCGUAUUAUAUCGGCCUGCAUCUAAAAUCUCUGAUAUCAGCACUCCGGUAUUCCAGACUCCUCUCCAGCACUUCUAUCUAGCAGCACCAUGUAAUCACAACAACACUGUGUACCAAAGUACCAAGAAGUAGGAGUGAUGUCGGCCCUGUGGCAGUUCUUCUAAUUUCACAGGAAAUUGGACCUGAUGACAGGCGUAGAGAGUAACGAUAUUGAAACUGCCAAUCUUCUCACUGUAGGGCUGAACUGCUUAUCUUGUCUUCCAUAUUGGAUUGUGGUUACUUUAUUACAAGCCUUAAACUUUUAAGAGAGAUCAAGUUGAAAGCUUUGGUAGGCAUUUUUGUGUGUAUGUUGAAACUAUUCGAAUCAAAGGUUUUGUAUCUACUGCUGUUACAGGGUUGUAGGAUAGGAUCUUGCUCCACUUUUCCUGUCAGAGAUGGUUUUGGCCCAGUAGCUUGUUGUUAUACUAACUGUGGCAUACUCUGCCUGGAAACUAACUUGCAAGCUUGCAUAAGAAUAAAAAAGAAACUCAUAGGAUGCAGGUGUGCUGUGUGAAAUACAGCAGACUCCUCUCUGUGGAUUGAUUUGUUUGGUGUUUGAUCAUGUGAGCAAAAUUUCACUUCAUGGUGUAAUGAAGAAGCAAGUUGUCACACAAGUUUGUUUCUCCGCGUAAAUAAACUUCAGGAUAACUGUGUGGAAGUGAACUCUUGACACGCAAUUCUCUGUUCACACACCUGCUUCCCCUGAGGCCAACUGUGCAGCAAAAGCAGCUGUGUGGCUGCCUCAGCAUGCCUGAGGAAGCGUCAGUAUAUUCGUUGAAACCCAUUAAUCAAUUGGUGAUCAGCAUGCACAGUGGAGCUGUGUUUACUGUGAGCUGCUAAUGAGAGGACUGCCUUUUAAUGCAUGGUCUUAAACAACUCAUAAUGUGUUUGUAUGAUGGAUUGAUGAGACACUAAGCACAUGCAUAUAAUUUCUUUUAAAAACACAAUGCAUGUCUGCAAUUAUGCCACACUAAUGUAGGUUAAAUUACUUGUUUUUCCUCACUUAAUUAAUAUAUAAUUCUAAGCUGGCAGUUAUUAAAAGAUAGAGAAUAACCCGAGGACAUGUUGGCAUUCUCUGUUAUGCUAAUUUAGAAACAAACAUGCAUGAAUGAGUGUAAAAAACAUUUAAAAAAUUCUCCAUAAUAUGGAUAUCUCAUGUGUUGGAGAGCAUGCGACUCCUUCUCAUGUGUUUCUGGCUCAUUACUAUGCUGGUCAUCUGAGGAUCCCUUUGCUUUUUUUUGCAGUGUGUGCGCAGUGUAGAGCACGUGCCUGCCAGUGGUGUGAAGGGGAUGCGAAGUGAUAGCUCUAUAUAUAGAAGUAUAUGUAUGUGCCGGCUUAAGACCGGACUGUGCAUGCAUGAGAAUGGAGGCUUGCAGAGCAUACUAACAAGGGUUAUACAGGCUGCACGGUACACACUAUCCAUUAGCUCUGCAUGCUGUAUAUUCUUGAUUUUGUGUCUUUGUGGGGACUUUGUUAAGGUUUAAACCAUCAUGUCUGUGUUUGCACAUAAUUGGUGAGCAGCUUAGGAGAAAAGGUUGGCUAUAGUAUGACUCAGAUUUAAAUAGCUGACUGUAUGUGUGUCUGUGUGUGUGUGUUUGCGUGCACUUGAAUAAGGGUGUCAUGCCCGGAGCUGUCAGACUCAGAAACCAUCAUGGAAGCCCUUAGAUACCAGGAUGUCUGCAAUUAUGCCAUCACUAAUGUGAGGCAUCUAUAUGUCUUGUCCCUAUCUAUAUUUAUUUUAGGCAGGUGAAUCCGCAGCUUUCAGGGGGAAAAAAAUACAUCAGGCGCAAGAUCCUGCAAAAAAAGCUUACGAGGCGUCAGGUGUGUAACACAGAGUGCUGACACAAUGCAACUGCAAGUAAAAGCUGCAAAACCCGUAACCCUCACGACUGACUCACUCACUCACAGACCCUCUCUCGUGACAUUACUCGUCAUCUGACAUCCACGGGAUGCAGGGUAAAAAUCAAACACUGACCUGAGUAGCAUGUGGAUUUCGUGCAGUGCUCCACUAUCAUAACUGGUAUCUUUCCAGCUCUUACUAGCCCUGGGGCAGAACGGUUACUUUCAUAUGAGACAGCCUCAGUGUUUGUGUCAUUAUACUUACACUUAGGCUUCUUGGAGGCAGGCUUGAAAUACAGUGUGAGUGAAGAAUUAUUCGAAUGAAAUGAACCUUUUUAUUAAUUAUCCACAAAAAAUAUGAAUCAAAACAAUUUAGGACCUUUUUUUAUAGAUUCUGUGGAAAAAAAUACACUUUAUUUCAAAGGGAUACUCUGGCAUUAAAAUUAAGUUAGGGUCAAACACACCCAGUUAGACACCCCAUCGAGAGAUGAAUGUUGCUUACUGCUUGCUUCUCUAGUUAUACCAACUUUUAGUAACAACGGCACAAUAGCAAUACACAGUGGUCUGAGGAGCCAUAAACAAACCUCAACCAAAACGCCACUCUGUAACCACAAAUAAUGCUCAGAACAGCACCUAACUUCAUCAACAGAACAUAUAGGGUCCUAGCCACAGCAUUAGCCACCAAACAUCUUUUUAGCUUUGCCUGAUUUCUUUAGGAAAGAGAUUAAACACAACUCACCUACUCUCUUCCAGCAGCCGCUUGUUUGUAGUGAGACAUCGGGACAGUCCAUUGCAGACUACAGCGGGGUGACGCAGCUCAAGGAAGAACAUUUAUGAUCAUUACUUUAUCAUUUCCUUAAAGUAAUAAUCACCAUAUUAAGAGAAACAAGCGGUCGGCAACAUUAAUCUCUCGAGGGGGUGUCUAACUUUGUGUUACGGUGUGUUUGACCCUAAAUUAAUUUUACGCCAGAAUAUCCCUUUAAGUCAAUCUAAAAUUAUGCAGUAAAACUCUUUCAUUUACUUUUUGAUUUUUCUCACAGUCUCUCCCUGAUACAGUACUUCCAUUAAUCUGCACUGGGUUCAGGGGACUUGUGAAUGCCGCUGGAGGUUCGUCUUCCUCUUGUUUAAUAACUGCAGGAGUCGUAUAUUCUGGUAAAAACUGUUGAUUCAGCAGAGAGUGCAGCAGUUAACCAAUAGUGCUGUGGGGUGCUCUCUGCAGGAAAGACAACAGUCACUUUUUAAAGGCUUCCCACACUGGAAAACUGUGCUGGUGUAUAAAUCAUGUCAGAUAGCAUCCUCUCUAAUUACUUACUGUGUAUGAAACAAGGCCGUAUCAGACAGUUUAAUCCAAAAUGCACAGUCUUUAUGUGGUUGUGUGGACACUUUAUCCAUCACAAUUUUUCUUUGUUAUCAUGUAUAAAAUGUUUCAUAACUACACCGGCUCGCUGCAGCUGUUGAUGCAUUAUUCUGUGAUUGAUGCGCUCAUCCUCUUUAUCUUUUCCCUCCUGUUACGCCCACCACAGCAGUCUGGGCCUGAGAGUUUAGGAUGAUGUGAUUUGGGAAAAGGUGUGCGUGGGCAGGGAGGAAACGGAGCCGGAAGCUGGCGCCCAAUCUAGUCAGAUUAACAGCAGAGCGAUAUUUUGGUCAGGGAGUCAUCGCCUCUUAAAUUAAACUUUGCAGUUUGAGGGAUUGGGUUUCAAAUCAUAUUUGGCUUGAAUUCUGUAACAGCCUAAAUUAAGUAUAAGGGUCUUUCUAAAUCUGUACGCAUCUGCGAUUUAGACCUCGAUUUAGAGGAAACGUCUAAUUUUAACUUAAUUUAAAUGUGACAUCAUGAAUUAUGUAACUUUGUUUGGCUGCCCUGUUUGUGAGAGUGUGCGUGUGUGUGUACUUGGCAGGAAAACUUAUGAUGUAACUCUUCAUAACUGUAACUAGAGGCCAGAUGAUCCAAAGGUUUAGAGGGUGCGAACUGUCAGCUAAUAGAGGGAGCUAAACAGUGUAGUCGAUUAAUGAACGCACGACAGAUAAAAGCUGCAUAUCCAACAUGUUUCUGAAUCGAUGGUAUCAGUCAGUUGAACUUUUCUUGUUUUUGUUGUAUCUCCUCUUCUGCUCCUCCUUCCUUUUCAUCCUCCUCCUCUUCCUCUUCUACAACUUUAAGUCUCCUUCUUCUUCUCUCUCUUGGCUCCCUCUGUCCAAGCCAAAUUUUUGCCUUGUGAUGCAAUCCCUGUGAGUUGAAGUUCUCUCCAGCCAAUAAGAGUUUGGCAGAGGGAGGGCAACGCUUGUAAACAGCACUGACAGUGGGCGGGAUUUUUACAAUUUUUAUAGGCCCUCCCUCUGUUGUCAGCCUGUGAUCGCAUGGGAAAGAGAAAAAGAGAGAGAGAGAGAGGGAGGGAGAGGGAAAAAGGAAGAGGAAGAGUGGGCAGCGUCAGGGCUGAAGGGGGCGUGUGUGAGUGUGAGUGAGUCAGGGCGUGUGCUGAUUUUUUAAUGUUAUACACAGAGCAGCUAUGGAGCCAUCUAGACUGAUCUACUCCUCACUUAUGACAGUAGGUAGACUCUCACCAAUUCUGUGUGUGUUUGUCCUCUUAUAUAAGUUUGUGUGUGUUUAUAACUGUACAGUAUGAGCUCAGCUGCUACCAGAGAGAAGUUUUGUGUUUAUUCAAGCCUUCAGUACACAAUAUUUGCUGCUGUACAGUACAGGUGCAUGACGGCUGUUACUUCUACAGUAUUGCUUAUGAACCCUUCUCCCUUUCCUUCUCUCCUUUACCCUCUUGCUGAACUUUGAAAAGAUAUUUAAUUUCCUGCGCUGCCUACACGCACAUUAUUUCCAUGUGUGUUAUAAAAAGGACACAAAGCAGCGUGUGAAGCAAAAGCAGAGGUUUAAGUGCUGAAUGAGACAAAGAAAACUGUUACUUUGUGUUGAGUAAAGCCAGCUCUGAAUAGACGCAUUGUGUGUUACAUUCCACGCCUGUGAGCUUGUUGUCACACACGAACACACUGCACACGACUUUUAACACAAACACAAACAAUUAGAUGCGCAUUCAGGAGCUUUAAUCCCGAGAUUCUGCGUGCUUAGCCAGGCUAAGGUCAACAGCACCAUUACAGCUUUUAUUACUGCGCAUACGAGGGGCCAGAGGAAUUAUAGCACGUUUCAUUUUGAUGGUAUUAGCUGGCAGCUCUCUACAGGAUGUGUCCCCUCAUACUUCAUCUUCAGGAGCUUCCUGCAGUCUUACCCCAGUUUGGCUUUAUCCCAUCCGGCUGCUUUGAGCUGCAGAGGCUGAUUUCUCUAUCAACAUGCCUUCACUGACUUUUAAAGAAGUUUUAUACACUUCAUUUAAACCCUGUGAGUUUACUUUUAGGCGUCAAAAAAGUUUAAACGGGCCUUAAUAAAGCUGCAGGCAGUUCAAAACACAGUCCCUUUAAUGCCUAUGACGUCAAACAUGUACUCUCUGACACAUCCACCCACUCACGUGCAUGCAUGACUGUAUUAGGUUGUUUGCACCAUUUCGUGUUUGUCCAUACUUUUAGUGAAGCUUGAGCAUUGUCUGUCUCUAACAAUAGGCGACAUGUCUCCACCUCCUGUUGUUGUUGUACAAAAGUGAAGCCAAACACCCCCUUGUGAUGGGUAAUUGCAAACCAAAACACACACUUAGAAAUGCUGUUUCUAAAAUGUAGCACAGCCACUGGAAAGACCGUUUCUUUGAUGUAGUGUGAUUAUUUGAUUUUAAAAAUAGAGAUAAAGUUGUUUUUAGAAUUUGUCUUAUUAAACCCAUAGCAGGAAUUGUUUUUCACUCAGGUGUACAUACUACACACAUACCCUGAAAUAUACACACAUGCAGGAUCCCUUGAUCAAGGUUUAAAGGAGAUGUGUGGUAUGAUUGAGGGGGCUAGCGCUCUUAGCAGUCUCUACUUCAACCUCAUGAAUUAAACCAGCGCUUCUGCGGCCACCAGCCCAAUUUUCCAAACUUGGUCCCUGCCAGACCUUGAACUUAAACCAGCAACCCUCCAGAUCCCCAAUAGUCUGAGCUACUGCCACCCCCGAUUGACAAAGCUGUUAAUCAUGGGUUUGUAACCCUUUUUAUCGCGUCAAAUAACAGGUUAAAACUAACAUUCAUAGAAAAAAUGAACACUUACACAUGAGAGCGAACGUUUAGCUUUUGAACAUUUUUGCCUUUGUUAGAUUAAAGGCAUAUUCCGUUGUAAAAUUCAUUUAGGGUGAAACUAAAUUGUUUGUAGCAAGACCUCAGGCUAGUCCAUUAUUGACUACAGCGGGGUGACGCAGCUCAAGGAAGAACACUUAUGAUCAUUUUUUCACGGAAAUGCAAUCAGAUGGAGACGCUAAGGUAGGAGAACUACUGCAUCUGCAGUGCAAAAUGAUUAAUAUGGUGAUUAUUACUCAAGGAAAUGAUAAAGAAAUGAUCAUAAAUGUUCUUCCUUGCGUUCCUGCGUCCCCCCGCAGCAGUCUGUAGCAGCUGCUGGAAGGGAGUAGGUGAGUUGUGUUUAGUCUCUUUGCUAAAGAAAUCAGGCAAAGUUAAAAAGAUGUUUGGUGGCUAGUGCUGUGGCUGGGACCCUAUAUGUACUGCUGAUGAAGUUAGGUGCUGUUCUGAGCAUUGUUUGUGGCUAUAGAGUGGUGUUUUAGUUGAGGUUUGUUUAUGGCUCCUGAGACCGCUGUGUUUUGCUAUCGUGCGGUCAUUACUAAAGUUGGUAUAACUAGAGAAGCAAGCGGUCUGCAACAUUCAUCUAUCGAGGGGGUGUCUAACUCGGUGUUAUGGUGUGUUUGACCCUAAAUUAAUUUUACACCGGAAGAUCCCUUUAAAUUUGGCCUCACUUUUUCAGGAGUCUUCAAGGUGUCUUCCUUUCUGCAGUCAAGAAGCUUGAGCAGAAAAGAGUUCUCGUGCACUUGCAAAAUUGUAAUUCACAAAUAAACCAUGAAUUUCUAUGGGCUGCCAGUUAUCCUAGUGGUGUGAGUGCUUCGCUCACAAACAGAGGCUGUAGUCUUUUGUUGCAUCAGCACUGGAUGGACUCCCAGCCAUGACCCUUUGCUGCGUGUCCUACCCCACUUUCUACUCCCUACAUUUCCUGUCUCUCUGCAGUAGGAGUGGGUGUAUCCAUACUUUUAGUAUUGCUACUCCAGUACUUACAAAGUUGGUAUCAUUUGGCUCUGAGCUACUUGUGAUAAUGAUAUUGACAAUUUUACUAUUGUUUUAAAACUGUGUAAGUGUUUUAAUCAUGAACUGCAUAAAACUACAGGCAAAAAUGAGCUCCAACAUGGCAAUAUUAAUAUUAGCUUCAAUAUUAUUCAGGGCAUCUUAAUAGUAAGAUCAUAAAUAAACUUUUUUGGACCAUCUUUCAGGAAGAUAUUUGAGGUAUUUUAUAUUCUUCUCUUACAGUGACACACUCAGUAACAGUAUAAGGUAAAUGGACAUCAGCCACUUCACUCUCCAGACAGUCCUCAGACCCCUGCUCUUAUUUUAGUUUCUCUGUUACUGCUUCCCUCACAAAACAUGCGUCUAAAUAUAGACAGAUUUCAUUACAGAUGAUAUUAGUAUCAGUGUGUUCCAGGACACAACGAUAAUGACGGGGAAGUGCGAGUACUGUGGUGAAGCAAACAGAGCAUGCUGUUGUGUUGAUCCCUCGGUCUACUGAGAGAAAUCAGAGUCAACAGGAUACUCUUGAAAUGUCAGUUUCACAUGCGGGGUUAUUAAAGAACAAAGCAUAUUUGGAUUUAGACGAAUAAAGGCUACUUACAGGUAAUCGUUUCCAUUAGACAUCAGGCCUAUUUGUAACCAGAGUGUGAAUGAGACAUGUCAUCGUCGUGGUAGACAGCUUAAGACAUGACCUGUACCCUGCCAGUCUAGACAAUUUGUCAUUUGAUCCUGUGUGUGUGUGCAUGUGCGCGUGCAUGUGUUCAGUCGUCAACAACUCACAAUAGGGCCUGAGCAGAGACGGGACAUGGAGGAUUGUGUGCUGUAUUAGAUGCAGCAGUGACAGAUGUGCAGACAAGAGUGGGGGUGGUGGGGUCUGGUGGAGGAUGAUGAUUAUUGGUGUGUGUGUGUUUUUUGUGCUUAAGUGUGUAUGUGUAUGUGUAUCCUUAUCAGUGACUCUGCUAUGUUCAUAAGUAUCCUGCAUGUAAGUUUGCGUGUUUGUUGCUCCUCUCUCAUCCCUGCAUCUGUAUGAGCCUGUGUGAGUGUGUGUGUCUGUGUCUGAUACAUGAAUUAAACAUGUGUUGACCUACUGAGAACUUGCAGCUGGAGCCAGUUAGCAACAUGAAUAUAAAAAUGGAAACACAGGGUUUAUCAAGGAUGUUAAGAUUAAAGCAAGGUUCAAACCAGGGGAAACUUACAUCACCAAAAAGUCAUUGUUGCCAUCAUCAUGUAUUUGCCUUUCCAUGUGAUAUUUUAUCUUUCCACUUUGAUGACACGAAAACAUGUUAUGCUAGCAUCUAUAACACACCCCUGUAAUAGCAAUGCUGUAUGUGUUUGCACAGAUGGAUGUGAAAAUGGGCCACAUUGGAGCACUAGUGUCUGUUACCAGGCAGACUUUACCUGUACCUACCUUGCAGCUGUAUGUCUGCCAUGGAUGACUUCAUGUCAGGCUUUUCUCAUUGUCUCACCUUUCUUUUUUUAACUGUUUCUAAAACUCUGAUGCCGUGCUCACCCUGCUGGGAUUCUGAUUUGCUGAACAUCAGGUUAUCCUUUCCCUUGCUUUUGAUGUUGAGAAUUAAUCACAGUUGUUAUGGGUCCUGACCAAUCAGAAUCAAGUAUUUAUCAAUACUAGAUACCAAUAUUCAAUAUUUGAUCUCUGCAUAACAGUCACACUCUCUGAGGGAAGUCUGUUUAUGAAGGUACCGUAAAUCAUUGUCUGAAGUGUUGCAGCUGACAGACCUUAGAUUUUCGGGUCAUAAAAAUCUGCUUUCACUUUAAAGCUCCAGUGAGGAAUUUUAAGUUGGAACAUGGAAAAUAAAAAUAAAUCUGUAAAUGACCAACAAAAACAAAGAAAAAAUCAGAGAGGAGGACAGUGAUGAUUUGUAGGGUCAUUGCAUAUGACAGAGGAGGAGUCAGACAGGGCAUAAAAACAGUGAACCACUGAAGCAGCCAUUUUUAAUAUACAUAUUUUUUAUUUGUCAGAACAAGGAAAUAAAUUCCCCCUUCUUGGUUUAGGGGUGGUCAAAACCAGCUCACAGUAGAGUUCUUUAUAGGAGUUUUAAAUGUACUUAAAGCUCCUGUGAGAAACUUUGAGUUUGUGUGAGUUAUGGUGCCCCCUGUAGACAAAGUCUUUGCAUCUGUUGUCUUCUUUGUGUUUAAGUAGUGUCUCAAAAACUCACCCUGCUGUCUCUGGUUUGUCAUGUCCUGUGAAUAUUGUAUGAGGGAAUUAUAAAAACAAUGAUGUCUCUUCAGCAGACACCUGUCCCGCCCAGCACUGGCUCCCAGAAUCAAAAAUUAUUACAUGAAAGUCAUCGAUCUUGUCGCUGAUGGUCUCAUUUUCUUUUAGAUCCUAUUUAAAGACAUCAAUAUAAAUUUUAGUCUUUUAUUCAAUAUGUGUGAUAUGUGUUGAUUAUUGUUUAUCUGUGCAUGAUAAAAAUAAUACAAAUUUCUGUAGAAGUAUUUAAUCAUAUUGGUUUGUAACGUUUCCAUAUGUUUUAAUAAAGAGACAAUAUGGCUACAUUGAAAUUACACCAUGAACCAAGGUUUAGCAGAUGUUAAUUUUACUAAUUUUUCUCAAAGUUAAAUAGAAUAAAUCCAAACAUUUAAAAUGUAUGCUUUUGAGAAAGUAAUUACCAUAACAGAUUGGGAGCAUCAGGGAGAAGUAUUUUUAGCUUGUUUCACUGUACCCUUGAGGCCUUGAAAGUGUUUUUAGAUGCUUAGCUUUGAUAUUGGUUUGUAGUUUAUUUGUAAUGUAUAGGACAGACUUCAUUGUUUAUUCGCUUUUGUAAUUUUUUACUUCAUUUAUUCUCCUGCUUUUGUGUCAGCUGAGAAGCUAAUCAAAAAACCAAGCACAUGGCUCUGCUGCUGGUUUGUCUACAUCUGGGGUUGUGUAAACACUCGGGACUGCUGCAUGCCUCUAUUUCACACAGUUCUCUUUCAGGCGGAUUUUGCCUGGUAUUAAUCCAGAAAUAACGCCGUAACAAUGAGCAUGUAUUUUUUUUAAUAAUCAACUAAUUAAGCAGCUUUGUUCACUGCGGUUCCUGGUACCUCAUGUAAUAGGUUUUGCUGAACAUUAGGAACCCUAAAUGACACUCACCUGAAAGUUGUGACAGAAGAAACCGAAGAGCGAUUAUUCACGCAUUGAUCUCUGUCUCUCUGCAGGAAAGCUGCUGUCCUCAUACGUGGCUUUAAAUGUCUUCUGCUAUGGCGAAGCGGGAGGCAGGGAGCACCAGCCCUGUGGUGCGUCAAAUAGACAAACAAUUCCUGGUCUGCAGCAUCUGCUUGGAUCACUACCGCAAUCCCAAGGUCCUUCCCUGUCUGCACACCUUCUGUGAAAGGUAACUACCAAGUCUCUUUGAAAAAAAAAAAAGAUAAACUUUUUUUUUUUUUCCCCCAAUUGGUCACCAAAAAGCAUAAAAAAAGGUUUUAGCAGUUUCCCUGUGGCCACAUGACAAGUUCAUUCCAGUAUGCAUACCUCUCAAUACUUAGUUCUCGAGUUAUUCCUACUUAUUAUUUGACAUUGUACUGUAUGUGGCUACAAAUGCCUCACUGUUUCCCUCUUUCAGCCUACCUGCCAUUCAAAUUUUACAACCCUCCUUAAAGGUAUAUUCUGGCGUACAAUUAAGUGCGGGUCAAACACACCAUCACACAGAGUUAGACACCCCCUCCAGAGAUAACGGUUGUUGACCACUUGCUUCUGUAGUUAUACCAACUUUAGCAACGACCGCAGGAUAAGCAAUACACAGCGGUCUCAGGACCCACGCACUCAACCAAAACGCCACUCUAUAGCCACAAAUAAUGCUCAGAACAGCACCUAACUUCAUCAACAGUACAUAUAGGGUCCCAGCCACAGCACUAGCCACCAAACAUCCUCUUAGCUUUGCCUAAUUUCUUUAGCAAAGAGACUAAACACAACAUUACGGACUACAGCGGGGUGACGCAGCUCAAGGAAGAACAUUUAUGAUCAUUUCUUUAUCAUUUCCUUGAAGUUAUAAUCAUCAUAUUGAUUAUUUUGCACUGCAGACACAUUAGUUCUUCUGCCUCAGCGUCUCGGUCUGAUUGUAUUAGCAUGAAGAAAUGAUCAUAAAUGUUCUUCCUUGAGCUGCGUCACCCCACUGUCGUCCGUAAUGGACUGGCCCAAGGUCUUCUUACAAACAAGCGGCUGCUGGAAGAGAGUAGGUGAGUUCAAUUUAGUAUAUAGUUUAUACUCAAUAGUAUAUAUAGUAUAACUAGAGAAGCAAGUGGUCAGCAAUAUUCAUCUCUCGACGGGAUGUCUAACUUGGUGUGACUGUGUGUUUGACCCUGAAUUAAUUUUACGCCAGAAUAUCCCUUUAAUCCUUGUAUUAUGGAUGUGCUCAAAGCUCCUCAUAUUGUCUAAUACUAACAGCUUCACUAGCCAUGCAAAUUAGCUUGGAGGACUUAGUUUUUAUUGUUUUUUUCCUCCUAGUAAUCAUCCUGCCAUCCUAUCAGUGAGGAUUCCCUGUCUCAUUCAUGUGCCCCCAAAUAGAAGAACCCGGUCUAUCGCAAAUCCCUAACCACAAUUAAACAGCUCAGAGCUCUUCACCACAUCAUCUCCGCUGGGAUAAGUGCAUUCCUCAGCAUCAGACACCACUAAAGAGUCUGAGAGCCUCAUAGUUGAGGAUACAGCUGUAAUGUCUCAAUGUAAUGUUCCUCAGAAAGAAGACACCCCCUCACACAGUACUUACUGCAGUGUUUUCAUGCCGAGCCAAGCAGAGGAGGCUUGUGCUGUGGUGGUAGCUGGUCAUGGUGGCAGGAUGGAGAUUGAAAAAGGGAGGUGUGCUUUUAGGUACCCAUAAUAACUGGGAUUAUGCUUCAGAAUGGUUCACUUCUAAACCUACGAUCAGACAAAUAUUUAUGGGGCAGUUUUGAAUAGCCACACAGAAUGCAGGGUAAAUCCUUUUUCCAAGCUGUGUGGGGGGCAUAUACCCACCGGAGGGCGAGUUUAAUCCCCCGGUUUAACCGGAUGGCAUGUGAUCUGGAGCCCUGCUGAGGUGAACAGAUUUUUGUCUGGAGCUGGACAUGAUGUUGCCAGACAGAUGUUGUAAUACCACAUGGGUUGAUGCAGUUAUAGGGGUUAUUGGGGUUGAGCUGGCCUGGGGAACCCAUGCUGGGCUGAGUUUGUUUGGUGAAUUAUUGUUUUUCUCUUAGUUUUGUUCUUUAUUUCCCCGAAAUGCAGUAUGUAUCUUAGGGCAUGUACUUUUUAAAAUUCUAACCGAGUCUGCCUUUUUCUCUUGUUUUGAACUGUUGGCUUUUGAAUGUGGCUGUUGAAGCCAGAUUUAGUAUGACGAGGAGAGAGACAUCAAAAUAAUAGAGUAUUUCAAAAUAUUGAGUGUUAUUACUUAAUGACAUCAAUUUAGUUAUUAAAGCUGUCAAGAAAAGAUUCAAAGACACUGUAAGGAACUUUCAGUUCUCCUCACAGUGGCUUUAAAUUUGUCUAAAAGACACUAAUCUACUCUGUGUGUGGCGUGUGCGCCCCCUUGAAGUCUGUGACCAGGUGUGUGCUGGUAGGUAGUCUUUAAAUAAGCGAUGAUUGGCAGUUUGGUGUGUUAGAUGUUAGAAUAGGGCUGGGUGAUAAACCAAAAUAAUAACUGACGUCAUUUUGUCCAUAUCAGUAUAUUCAGUGUCAAAAAAAAUAAAAUAAAUAAAGUUGGUUUUGGAUGUGUGUAGGUAGGCUAUGGUCUCAUGUCUCUUGAAGAUGCUGUCCUAUGUCAGAGAUGUGACUCCACUCCAUCUCGUCCAUAACAAAGAGGGAAAGUUAGGUGAGGAGAUGGAGGACAGUUCAAAAGUUGUAGCAGCUGGAGCGGCGACUGAAGUAGACGAAGUUAAUGUGAGAGGGGGUGAGCAGCUUGUGGAGACAUUAUCGUCCAUUUAUCGUUAUAGAGGUGAAUAUAUCAUGAUAUUGAUUUGAGGCUAUAUUGCCCAGCCCUAUAGAAGUUGAAAUUCAGUGAAUUUGUAUUUCAUUUUUUUGUGAUGGAGGGUUACAGUGAGGGUAAGAAAUCACCACAGUUGAUAUCUCUGUGGGUGCUUUAUGAAAAGUGUGUGACAGCAGCUUGCUUUUCAAACACUUUCAUCAUAGCACAAUAACUGACCUAAAGGGAGAUAGACAGUAAGAAUAUGGUGGGGCAUCAGGCCAUUUUUUGUGAACAUAAGGCUACUAUUUGAUAGAAUGACAUGGUGCGAGUUCGAUGCUAAUGGUGAUGUCAGCUAGAAAUACAAGAAACACUACUUGUAGCUCUUGGGAAGCUGAAUUAAGGACCUAACAAACAUAUUGGUGCAUUACUCUUUAAGUGAUACUUUUUGGUUGCUGAUUAAUUGGAAGAAGGUAAAAAUUAUAUUAUGUGUAAGAGCCUUUUUUUCUCUCUUGCACUGUGUCUGAGAGUGUAAAAAAGCUUUCAAGCUUUAGAGGCAGAUAGCAGAUGUGUAAAUGCCCAAAAUGAACCUGCUGUAAUAUUUGUCAAUGAAUUAAUUUGAAGAUUUAUUUUAUUGAUUAAUGUUUUUUCUUUCUCUUUUAUGAGCGUGGUCUAUACCUGCUCUUUUUUUUUUUGUUUUUUUGUUUUUUGAAAAGUGUCUUGGGAUAACGACUGUUGUGAUUUGGAGCUAUAUAAAUAAAAUUUGAUUUGAUGAUUUAAUUUGAUUUGAUUUGACCACUUGUACAGGACUCUUUCUAUCCUCUGCUGAAGUAAGAAGCCUUUAAUUUUUUCAAACUUUUUUUCGACAUCUGUUCACCAUUUAGCUGCUCCAGUGUGUGUGUUUCCCAGCUGGUUGUGUCCCACACAGCAGCAGUGAUUUAGCCGCCCUCAGAGUGUUGCUAUUGUGUCGACAAAGGAGCAGUUUUUCCUAAAGCCUUCUAUUUUUCCCCCCAAAUCUCACGUCUGCUCUUUACCAAAGCUUGGUUUAUAUUGUAAAUUAAAAGGAUGCUGUGGAAGUCUGCUGCUGCUGUCUUCUUUUUUGAGCAACAACCACGGCUUAUUCUGAGCCCUAACCUCAGGUUUCCUCGCAACGUUAACAAUCAGUUUAACGCCAACAGAAGCUAAAGGACACAACAGUAAAUCAAACGCUCGGCUCUGUGCCAAGAGUGUGCUAUAAUCUGCAUAAUUCAGCUGAUCUCUGCUGACUGUGGGUUUGGGUUUUGGCUUGAAGGUGUUUAAGGUUAAAUAGAUUACCUCCUAAACAUCUUCAGCCUCUCUGGCCCAAGUUUGUCUCUUUGAGUCUCUGUUAGGCUAAUUAGCUUCCUGGGAUUCACUUAUAUAAAGAGGAAGAGUGCUUGUUUUCUCCCUAGGCUGUUGUUUUGUUGUAUUGGCUUUGGUUCGCACAUUUGCUCUAUUUGUUGUGACAGCAGCACUUUUUAGGCAGUCACUCAAUUACAGUGAGAAGGUGACAGCUCUCUCUCUCUCUCUCUCUCUCUCUCUCUCUCUCUCUCUCUCUCUCUCUCUCUCUCUCAUUUACUGCUUUCCUCUCCUGUCUUUUCUGUGUAGCUUGUUUAUGACUGAUAUUCAUAGACAGAGCCAUGUUUAAGGACUUCAACUUUAGAUUUUUGUUCUGAUUCUUGCUUUCUCUGUUUGUAAACUCUAUCUCCUCCAGUUGCCUCCAGAACUACAUUCCCCCAGAGUCUCUCACGCUGUCGUGCCCGGUGUGUCGUCAGACGUCGAUCCUGCCAGAGAAAGGCGUCUGUGCUCUGCAGAACAACUUCUUCAUCACUAACCUAAUGGAGGUCCGACUGAUAAAAUCUCUUUCUUUACUUCAUGUCAGAAACUUGUGUGUGAGCACAGCAGGAUUUGGAACUACAAUGAAGCUAAUGAUGUGAUUGAAAACAGGGCAAAUCUUAUUUUAAACAAGUACAGAUAAGAAAUGGGAUUGAAGAUCUGUUUCUGUGUCUGUGUUUUUAUGAGAGCCACUCUGAGUUUGAACAAAAGGGAGGACAUUUUUGUGAAGUGAUGUCAUUCUGGAUGGCUCUUUCCAGAUGGGUUGGUUAUAAACUUAAGUUUAUAUGGUUUGUAGAGAUAGUGACAAAGUUUAACCAUUUAGAUACUGGAAGUUGUUUCCUGGUAGGUGCUUAAAGGGACAGAAGUGCAAAAAUGUGUUUCCAUGAAUGAGAUUGACAACAGGCUCAAAGGGAGCGGGGACUAGAAGUCAGGACACUUUUACAAAUACAAACCCCUGUAUUAUUUGACUGUUAAGAGGGACACAUAGUCCAUGCUCCUCUUCCUGUGUUCUGUCUGUGUUUGCUUCUUGGCCCUCUCAAACAUCAGGUAAAAAGGCAAAAACGUUCAAAAAGUGUGGAGAAAAGAAAACAAAGAGUAUAAAUAAAGGCGUCUUUUUGACAUAUCAGCUGAUGAAGUCUUAAAUGUGUUUGACCAGGUUCUCCAACGAGACCCAGAGUGCUCACGGCCUGAGGCCUGCAGUGUCCUGGAGUCAGUCAGCGCUGCAGUGGCAGGGAAGCCCCUCUGCUGCCCAAACCACGAGGGAAAGGUACGAGAUUCCUCAACUCUGUAAUCACCACGCCAAAGUUUUCACAUUCUCAUUUCUUAAUUACCCACCUUUACAAAAAUAAAUCUUACUUUCCUGCCAAGGCCAGAUGAGAGCGAACACUCAUUUCUUUCUCCCUUUGUCUCCCCCUGCAGGUGAUGGAGUUCUACUGCGAGUCUUGUGAGACAGCCAUGUGUUUGGACUGCACAGAGGGCGAGCAUCGGGAACAUGUGACCGUUCCUCUGCGGGACGUCGUAGAACAGCACAAAGCUGCACUGAAGACCCAGCUGGAUGCCAUUCACAGCAGGUCUGGACUUACAUUUCAGAACAUUUUCUUCACAUCAGGUGUUUUGGAAGCUUAAGCAUUUGGCCCCUGCUUUCAAAGAUGGCCUGUACUUACAGCUAAAUUUUAUGACCUUGAUACAGUUUAUUUAUAAAUCACCACAUCACUGUCCCUGUUUAAAAAUUUUCUUUUCAGUUGUUUUGAAAUAUUUUGCCUCUUUUACAAUUACCUCAACUAGGGCUGCCAAAAUUGCUCCAAAAUGACGUUAGAAUAUUUUGUUCUAAAAAUAACACGUAGGUUGGAACAUAUUUGAAUAUCUAGCUUACACAGCUUGCAUAUAACUUUUUCUAGCUCAGCAUCUUUUCCGUCUACCGUGUCUGCCCAAAAUCCGAAAAACUUCCAAACGAAGCUUCUAAAGUUUGUUGGAGUCCAGAUCACUCCCUCCGCGUUUAGCUCUGAACAUCCCGAUGUCUCUGCAUGUGUCAUGGAGGGUUCCUGUCGAGUCUCCCUGCAUGUGCAGCUCCUGUGACCUGUCCCUGACCCGUCGUUACAGUGCGCUCACUCGCAAACCAGACACAAUUUUUUUUGUUUGUUUGUUUUUUUCCGUCUCAAUUUUUUCCUGCUGUUUACUUAAUAUUCAAAUGUUAAUUUUCACAUCGGAAUCUCUUUUUUAAAAAAUUAUUCAAAUAUAUAUUCUUUUUACUCAGCAAUAUUUUUAUUAGUUUUAUACAGAAUAUACAAGGAAACACAUCACAAACUCCCCCUUUCCCUCAAAACCCUGUCUACUGCUGGAUAUUUCUGUUACUGUGCUUAAGUACCUUCUUAAGGUUUCUGGAGGGGUGAGGCCUUGUCUUUGAUGCUACAACUUUUUCUAUUAAUGCCCUUGCAAAAAAUUCCUAGAAAAUGUGUAUUUUGUGAUGAGGCAUGAUAUACGUGAAAUUGAAGAAAAAAAGUAAGUAUGGUUAUGUGUUUUUUUCUUGAAAUACAUAAGAUGUUGAGGAAUAAAAAGUAAAAAGAGGAAAAGUUAAAUGAACUACUAUACGUCAAGAGAAAUACAAAUAUAGAAAACUGAAAAACUGAAAAAAUCCAUAAAAGAAUUUGAAUAAUAGAGGCUGAUCUAGCCAGGUGGUCAAAACCCAAUUAUUCCUUAUGGGAAUUUGGCAAAAAUUACAAUAUUCAAAAAUCAAAAAAUGCACAUAACUUUAUCACUAAUAAAAGGAAGCAAUUUUUUAUUUUAUUUUACCAUUUUACUGUAUUUGGGCAUGAAACUGUCUCAAAUUUGUUAUUCUGGUGUUUUUUUGUUUUUUUUACCAUUUUGGUCAGUUUGACACACCCGUAAACUACAGCCUAUGAUAGAUGCAGUCUUUUGGAAGGAAAAUCUGCUACCUGUUUGUAAUAUACUGCCACAAGAGUUCGAAUCAGAUUUUACCCCCAUUUUUUUGCAUUUUAUCUUGAGUCUAUUUCCAAUCCAACUUUUUCAAAUCAUGAAUGCUGAAAUUUCAUUUGUUUUCAUAUCCGUUAUUGGCCUUCAGUGAGAGGCCAUUUUUUGCAAAAAAAAACAAAAGUAGACUGUAGAAGUGAAUAAAUCAGGUGUGCAUGUAUUUUUUUUCAUGUGUUAGUGUUUUCCAUGUGUACAUGGUCGUGUGUGUUCGUGUGCAAAUGUUUGUGCACGCGCAUGAUCUUGAGAAGUCACUGAUGACAGCCAUAAUAAAAAAAGGGCAACUUUUUUUUUUUUAUUUUCUGCUGUGACACAAAAACUGAAACUGCAACUAAAACUAAUUUUACACAUACUUAUACCACUCAUAGGUUCUGAUAAUCUUGCGCAAAGAAAUUUGAUUUUGCAAUACUCUUAUUAUUUUUUACCACUUUUUAAAAUUUUGGGCAUUUUUUACGGUGUGUUUAGACUUAAAUUAAAAGGGUUAAAAGUUUGAAACUGAGUGAUUUUUUCUUUUGAGUGGUUAGAGCAGAAGUCACUGAUGACAGCCAUGAUAAAAAAAGGGCAACUUUUCAUUUAUAGAUGAUUUUACAGGCCACUAAGUGACAGUGGCAGUUCCGUGCCACUAAUACCAGAUUAGUCGUUUCUUUUUAUUUUCUGCUGUGACACAAAAACUGAAACUGCAACUAAAACUAUUUUUACACAUACUUAUACCACUCAUAGGUUCUGAUAAUCUUGCACAAAGAAAUUUGAUUUUGCAUUACUCUUUUAAUGUUUUUACCACUUUUUAAAAUUUUUGGCAUUUUUUACGGUGUGUUUACACUAAAAUUAAAGGGGUUAAAAGUUUGAAACUGAGUGAUUUUUUCUUUUGAGUGGUUAGAGCAGAAGUCACUGAUGACAGCCAUGAUAAAAAAAGGGCAACUUUUCAUUUAUAGAUGAUUUUACAGGCCACUAAGUGACAGUGGCAGUUCCGUGCCACUAAUACCAGAUUAGGGAUUCUGAGGAAAGAAGGUACAAGGGUUAAGUAACAACUUCUGGAGCUAUAACAAAAAUAAUAGAAUAAAAUAUAAAUAGAUAAAAAAAUACAAGUAAGUGCUGGAAUUCGGGUUUUUUAGAUCUUGAAAUACAUAAGAUGUUGAGGAAUAAAAAGUAAAAAGAGGAAAAGUUAAAUGAACUACUAUACGUCAAGAGAAAUACAAAUAUAGACAAGUCGCUGAAAACUGAAAAAAUCCAUAAAAGAACUUGAACUGUAUGAUUGUGAAACAUCGCAGAAAAACAUUUCAAAAAUAUAUUUCAAAAAGAAAACAACUAGAAGAGGGGAGUGCUAAUUCAAAAUGACGAGAGUUUAUUUAGAUUUGAAUUUAGAGUAUUUGUUGACAACCCUAACCUCUACAAUAAUUAUAACGAAAAAAUCAUAUUGUUUUAUCCUGCAGGCUCCCUCAGCUAACAGCAGCCAUCGACCUGGUGAGUGAGAUCUCUCGCCAGCUGAAUGAAAGGAAGGCGGAGGCGGUGGCAGAGAUCACCUGUACGUUUGAAGAGCUGGAGCGAGCGCUGCACCAGCGCAAGACGGCCCUCAUCACAGACCUGGAGAACAUCUGCAGCGCCAAGCAGAAGGUUUGUCGUGCUACACAUGCUCUCUUUACCUUAUUUUGCAUAAAAUGUCUGCACGCUUAUUGUCAGAUGUAGUCAAACAGGUCCUGUCACAUGUCUCACAUUCUUGUCAAAACACCUGAGACUGUUCACUAUGUUGUUCUGACUUUUCCACCUUUUGUCUUUAUCUUCCAUGUACUUCCCCGUACCUGAGCACAGGUCCUGCAGACCCAGCUCUCGUCUCUCCUGCAGGGAAAAGAACACAUCCAGAGCAGCUGCAGCUUCACCGAGCAGGCUCUCAGCCACGGGAGCGCCACAGAGGUGGGCUGAUAGGUUGUAACUGGAACAGAAAAAAAAAAAAAAAAGUUAACAAACAGGUUACAUCACAUGGAGAAAAACAGCCGGUGCAUGUGAUGCAGCACAUUGGCAAGGUCACAAAGGAUAAUUGAGUAUGAUGUGAAAAGAAGUGAACAGAAAAAAGGACUUGUUGGAUGUAACGUGUUUGUGGGUACAGGUGCUGCUGGUUCAAAAGCAGAUGAGCGAGCGGGUGACGGCGCUGGCGAGACAUGACUUCCCAGAGAGACCGCAUCAGAACGCACACCUGGACUGUCAGGUACCCACUGUUGUUUAUUCUGACCUAACUAUAAAUCCUGUUGAAGGUGUCUUUAAGGUAUUGUGCCCUAAUAGUAUCUGUUUUUUAAAUUGAUUUCAACGAAAAAAUGAGACACCUUUUUGUCAAUAGUUUUUCCUCUUUCUUCCUAAAACUGUUGGAGUGUAGAUGUUUUUACACCACAUGAGAAAUUCAACUCCGAUAUUUAUGCUUUUUUAAGUUUAGGUUGUUCCUCAGCUCAAUACUUGCUUCAUUGUCUUCUCAAGCAGCAGCUUUAUAUGGGAUUAUAUUGUGUUUGCUCAUACAUCAAAUGGAGCCAACCAUGAUAAUUAAACUCUAGCAAGUCAUAGGAUCAAUAUAUGAAUUCUGCAGUGAGAAAUAGAUCUAUUCUUUGUCUGGUUUCUCCUCUAGGUGGAGACUGAGGGUCUGCGGCGCUCCAUCCAGAACCUGGGUGUCCUCAUCACCACAGCCGCCGUGGCCCACACCUCCGUCGCCACGGGAGAAGGUCUCCGCCACGCAGCGACCGGGCAGCAUCACACAGUAACUGUGACAACAAAAGACAAAGUAGAGUUUUAGUUUUGUUUCACAUAACUGUUCACGCCAUUGUUAUAUUUGAUUGAUUAGUUGGUUGAUAUCUUUAUGGUGGUCUUACUGAUCACCAGGGAUGACUGUUUUAAAACAAAUCUGCCUCUAAGGCCUGAAAGGUGCGUAAUGUUUCAACAUCAGCAGAUCUUUUGUUCUCUGAUAUUGAAUCAGUGACUCUUUUCUGCAGGACGGAGAUUUGGUUCGGACAGGAAACGCUGUUUUAAAAGCAGAGAUAAUGUCUGCAGAUGGGAACCGUGCCGCAGAGACAGAGAUUAUAGACAAUAAGAACGGCACAUAUGAGGUGGGCUACACGUUACGCACUGAAGGCGAGUACUCCUUCUCUCUGAUGCUGUACGGACAGCCGGUACGCGGCAGUCCGUUUCGCCUGCGGGCCGUCAAACCGUCAGAUGUGCCACAAUCUCCAGAUGACGUGAAGAGGAGGGUGAAGUCUCCCAGUGGGACUGGGGGCCACAUACGACAGAAAGCAGUGCGACGGCCUUCCAGUAUGUACAGCACCACCAAGAAAAAAGAGAACCCCAUAGAGGACGAGCUCAUCUACAGAAUGGGUAAGACAGAUCCAGGAGGAGAAAGUACAAAUUAUUGUACCUUUAAAUGUUGAUCUUAGACUCCCUUGUCACCAGGAACUAGCUCACUUCACAGCUAACAGCUAAAACUUGGCAUGAACAACUUGCAAGAAAAAUAUCUACAUAGACACACAAAAAACGUUUUUUAAGUUUGAUGAGUUCAACUUCAAAGAAAGCAGUGCAAUCAUAAAAAAUAUCUGAAUUAAAACAAAACUUAUAUUUUACCUCCAAAUUAGUUUUUUUCUCUCUUAAAAUUGGCUAAGUCUACCACAGGAUCCUACAUUUACACAUGUGGAACAAGGACUAAACUAAGCAUGUGCAGAGUGAGUCAGGUGAUUUGUAACUUGUUCCUGAUUGGAGAAAUUGAAAGUGUUCUAAUUGACCCAUUUAACAACCAUCCCCGGUCUCCCCUACCCAAAUGACAGUCGAAGUUUUCUCAAAGAUGCCUUAUAAUUUCAAUACAUUUAAAGUAUGCCUCCUCUGUAUGGAUAGAAAAUUGUUAUAUUACCAAAUACUAUCUAUAACCAAAGACUCAAAUUCAGAUAGGCUUCUCAGAGGUUUAUUCAACAUGUUUUAUAAUGACAAGCUUCAAAAAUAACAUAUGAAAUAAUGAUAGAAAUAAUGUCUCUUCUGUAUCAGAGAAAAAAGUGAUAAAUAACUAAAAAUACCCCUGCUAUAUUAGCGAUCCAACUUCAACAGAAAUAGCCCUCAAAAACUGACCAAAGAAAAUCUAUAUCUUUAGUUUUCAUCCUCAUCCUAGUGGCCCAAUGAAAAAAUAUGAAGACCAGGACAUUUUCAUCACUUUAUAAAAAACAACCAGGUUGGCCAGGACAGGACAUGAAAAAAGGACAUGUCCUGAGAAAACAGGGCGUUUGGUUACCCUAGACCAGUGGUUCUCAAGUCCAGUCCUCGAGCCCCCCCGUCCUGCAUGUUUCGGAUGUUUCCCUGCUCUAACACACCUGAUUCAAAUGAUCAGCUCGUUAUCAAGCUCUGUGAUGGCUUAAUAACGAGCUGAUCAUUUGAAUCAGGUGUGUUAGAGCAGGGAAACAUCCAAAACUUGCAGGACAGUGGGCCUUGAGGACUGGACUUGAGAACCACUAGUCUAGACUAAGGUCAAAGUAACCCCAUUUAAACUAGCCUGUAUGCUACAAGCCAGGGUUACAUAUCAACUUAAAGAAGUCUGUCAACCUUUAGCAACUUCUAAGUGUGUCUUACGCCCUUCUAGUCAUCUACUGUUUUCACUUUGAUGGAUAAAGUGACAUCUAGAAUAAAACAUUAGAUUAAAGACCACAAAAUGAAGUUUGGCUGCUGGAGUGUCAAUACGAUAAAAAGGUUAUCUAACUCUAACAAAUAGAUAAAGCUGCAGCAUUCACUGUGUGAAAGAUGACUUAUCAAAAGUAGGUCUUUCUAGUCCUUGCAAGUGUAGUUUUUGAACCUUACUGGUAUGAGCUCGAACCUGCUCUUGCCUGGGAGGAAGAAAACCUCCCUGAAAAAAAUAACUUUGGCUUGAAAAUUAAUCAGUUCCUGUAAGUAACUGCAAAAAAACCACAGGUAUGAGUAACUUAAAAAUGCAUGAAAGAAGGCAAAGACAAGAGCAAAGAGAAACAAGCAAGGGAUACAAAACAACACGCUCAAACAAAUUGAGUAUAGAAAUGCAAAAUAACACCAGAAAGGAGAGAGAGAGAGAAAGGUGGAAAUGUCAAAGAAGCAUUUGCUGAGUGUGUCAUUUUCAUUUGCCAGGUACACGGGGCAGAGAAAAGGGGGAGUUCACAAACCUGCAGGGAAUCUCAGCUACGAGUAAUGGCAGAGUGGUGGUGGCUGACAGCAACAACCAGUGCAUACAGGUGAGACCUACGGGGGAAAGUGUGUGUAAGCGCAAUCAUUGAUGCCUUUGAGGUCAGACAGUGGGGGGAAACACAGCUCCAAGGUGUGAUUUUAACAAAUGUCACUGUCUUUACUGGAAUGGAUUACAGGUUUUCUCCAAUGAUGGCCAGUUCAAGAUGCGUUUUGGGGUCAGGGGUCGCUCUCCAGGGCAACUGCAAAGACCAACAGGUGUAACUGUGGACAUGAAUGGGGAUAUAGUGGUGGCUGACUAUGACAAUCGAUGGGUCAGCAUCUUUUCCUCUGACGGCAAGUUUAAGGUGAGGUCUGAGAGGUUGUUAGUAGAUUUUCUUUUUUAACACACAAAAAUCUUUGCUCCUUCACAUCAUCUCUUUUUUUUUUUCUUCCUCCCUUACAGAAUAAGAUCGGAGCGGGCCGGCUCAUGGGUCCUAAAGGUGUGGCUGUGGAUAAGAACGGACACAUCAUCAUCGUGGACAACAAGGCCUGCUGCGUCUUCAUCUUUCAGUCCAACGGGAAGUUGGUGACUAAGUUUGGAGGCAGGGGGACGUCUGACAGACAGUUUGCAGGUAGGAGGCUUUGAUGUGUAACAUCAACAAAGAGGAGACAGACUGUAGCUGUGAAGCAGUCUGACAGUCACAAAUGUAAACACAAUGACUAAUGUUUGUGCGUUAGAACGAAGAUGAGGGAGCCUACAGCAUGCACAACAGUUACCACUUCCAGAUACAUUCAGGAUAUUAACCCUUGAGUCAAUGAUGGAUCAAAGGGGCGCUAGAGUGUCAGACUGGAGCCCUUGUUCUAAGCUACUUGCUAAUAUUUGUCAAUAAAGACCCACAAAGACACACAAAAUGGUCAGAAAUUGAAAGAUUUUAUAACACUAUCAGCUACGACCAGCCAAAUGAACUGCAGAGGCACAACAGGACAGAAAAAAAAACAAAACAACAGGACACAAAUGACUUCGAAAACACACAUCUACAAAAAACACAACAGGAGAAAGAGAUCCAAAACACAUUGGCUGCAACGAUACUGUAACCCAGGUCACAAAAUGACCACAUUCAUAUUUUUUCAGGAAGAAAAGGGAAUUAAAAAAGGAUGAAAAGAAUCAAUCCAAUUGAUAAUGUGUUGAAAUAAUGUAUUGUAAUUAUGUUUUCAAAGGUAAUCCAUUGGUGACACUUGAAAACAAAUUCCAUGCCAUUAAUCAGUCAAUCUACAGGUGGGGAACGUCACUCACCGAUUGGCGUUCUGUGUAAUCUUAAAUAUCCGUGGUUGAGUUCAAGUGGUCCUUUGAGUUCUAGUUGUUUGAGCUGCUGUUUAAUUCAUCGAUAAUGUUGAACUGAUGUUUCUGCAGUUAUUUAAACUAAGUUUAAGGAACUCUGUUCAGUGAUACGUUCCACUCAGCGUCUCCCCUUCGUCUGUGUCUUACUUCCUACUUAAAACUGCUGCAUGUGUGCUACCAUUGGCUGGUAGUGCUCACACGAGAUUUGAAACGUGAUUUGACAAGAUUCCGCUGAUAUCAUGGUGUUCGAUUUAAAGUGUCACAAAUGGAUUACCUUGUAAAACAUAAUUACAAUUCAGUUUUCUUUCGUGCUUUUGUAUCAAACAGUGCUCUUUUAUUUUUUCUCUCCUGACAUGUUUCGACGGACUCUUCCGCCUUCAUCAGAGUGUCACGUGAUGGUUGUGCGACGCGUACUUGUGACAGCUGAACGAAAGAAAACUAAUUACCUAAAAAGACUCAAGUCUUGAUACACUCAUAAUUGCAAUACAUUAUUUUAACUCAACAUUAUCAUUAUUAUUGGAUUGAUGGUUUCGCUCUUUGAAUUCCCUUUUUUUCCCCUUAAAAAUAUUAAUCUGGUCAUUUUGUGACCUGGGUUACAACACACGACACUACCAUUGUCCACUUCACUAUUUGUUUACACUAACUGUGAGUUUAAGAGAUCAACAGUGGAUUCCUGUGUUUUCUUCCUAUGACUGAAUACAGAUCAAUGCAUCACAUCACGUGUUUUCUUUUGAUUGAAAAUGUAAGACUGUGCGUACCUUCAGGCAGAGUGCCAGGCGAUGCCACGACCCCGUGCUCACCCACCCGCAAACUACGCCUGUGCUGACCACCCAGCUCUAUUUUCUUCUUUGCUUAUCCUUCAUCUCUGACCACCAUUUUUUUUCUUCCUUUCUUUCUGUUCUUCCUCCUGCUUUUUUUUUUCAAUCCAGAAAAACUUGGCCCAAACUUUAAUAAAUCUGGCUCAGUUUUCAGUAAGUACUAAGUGUGGCCUUGCUGCAACCUUAAUCCCACAGUGCAGUGACCCCCUCCUCCCCCUGUCUAACCCGACUCCCUGAUUAUGUGUCUGACCCCCCUGAGAACUCCAACUGUGGAUGAAGUGCUGAAUCACAGUGUAUAAUAAUCAUCACGGAUACAAGUCCAUGCACAUUGUAAUAAUCCCUUCCUAUUACAAUAAUGAACAUUUUGUCACAUGCAUUGUGUAGUUUGUGUAUUUUGUUAUGAACAGAUGAGUGUGGAUGAUUCGACUGCUCUGACUGAAGUGAAGUGAAACUAACUGAUGAUCCGUGUUUGCUACGAGACGCAAUCAGAGCUACAAUUAGCAUUUAGUGAAUGACCUCAAAUUAAUCCAACUGAAGUAUAUUUGUGGAUGUAUUUUAGUGCAUAAUUUAGUGUGUUUUAUAAAAUUUUUGAAAACAGAAAAAUUACUGUACAGCUUAAAUAAAAGCAUCAACUGUGAUGAAUGAAAGGAAUGCAAUCAAAUUACCCCCAACAUCAACAAAUCAACUGACCUAUUUAUAUUUGCUGAUUUACACUGAAGUAGUUAAGGUUUAUCUGAAAAUAUACUAACAGUAUAAGAAAGCAUGAAAAUUACAGGAGUCUGUAAACUUUAAGUAUGAAAAUACCUCACCCUCUCUCCUCUUACAGGUCCGCACUUUGUUGCUGUGAAUAACAAGAAUGAAAUUAUUGUGACCGAUUUUCACAAUCACUCUGUAAAGGUAAGUCGUGUUUUUUGUUAAUUUCUUCAUAAGCAGUUUUCUCUCAUUCAGAUAAAUUUUCUUUACAAAGCUGGGAAUACAAAAAAAAAUCCAGAGAUGUUGCUUGAACUCACUUUUUGUCUCAGGUCUAUAGUGCAGAUGGAGAAUUCUUGUUCAAGUUCGGCUCUCACGGCGAAGGCAAUGGACAGUUUAACGCUCCCACUGGAGUGGCUGUGGAUGCUAACGGGAACAUCAUUGUAGCCGACUGGGGUAACAGCAGAAUACAGGUGAGACAAACGACUCUCUGUCCUCUUUCCACUGCUGCGUGGACUCAUUUUUUUUUCAUUUGCUUUAGAGAGUAAAUUACAAAACCUUCUUUUAAUAAAGUUUCUGUCAAGGUCUUUUUGGGUUUGUUGGUUUUGUUGCCCCUGUUGACGAAGCAAAAUGAUUUUUGCCUGAUCUUCUAAACCUUCCUCCUGUGUUAGCUUUUACUACGCACCCACCAUGUUAAGGGUCGGUUUUGACCGAUGUCUUAAAUCAGCUGUAAAUUACACUAAAAACAUUUCUCUAUCAUCCAGUUUGGUUCUCAUCUCUAGGUUACCUUGUUAGGCUUCAUUAUCCAUGAAAAUAUUGCUUAUAAUAUUUUUGUAGUGGUCCUCUGGGUCUUUCUUUGUCAGUAUACCCCUCAUACAGACAUCUAUACUGAAUUGAUCUCACAUGUCUGGACAUACCCGACAUUGUUUUUUGUUCAGAGAAGAACAUGUAAAAAAUGAUAAUUUCCUAAAUCUCACAUGACUGGAAGAGGAUCUAACUGUCAGUGUGGUGCCUGACAAUGCAUAUAUGAUUUUAGUUUUUACUCUGAUUAUUAGAUAUUGAUCUAACCGGGUCAACAGCGACCCUAACACGACAAGUGCCAUAAUUUUAAUAAGAGCAUUUUAUAAUUUAUACAAUUUAUUUUUUUAUUUUUUAUUUUGUUGAUAUAGAGGUUCCUGACAAAGUCACAAGUCUUGAUGCAAAAAAAGCAAAUUUAAAUGGUUGUUUUAAGCAUUUAAAAACAAAAGCGGGUUGGUGCAGACCCUAACACAGGAGGAGGAUUUAGUUUGUAACAUAAAGUCCCUCUAUCAGCAAGACACAAAGCUGAAACUUUAUUUUUACUCUUUUUUUUCUGUUUCAGGUGUUCGACAGCACAGGCUCCUUCUUAUCCUACAUCAACACAUCAGCAGACCCUCUGUACGGCCCUCAGGGCCUCGCCCUCACCUCAGAUGGACAUGUGGCUGUUGCUGACUCGGGCAACCAUUGCUUUAAGGUUUACAGAUAUCUGCAGUAAGCUCAAGACGUCACCGACACACAGCUCCUGAUCACACAGGUUAAAAUCACUUAUUGCUUGUGGAUAUAGAGCUGCAACAUGCCUGCGACUUUUCAGUGACCCCAGGUUUCAUGACGACAUUUCCUUUUUAUUUGUCUGUAAUAAAAGAAUAAAUAUCUGCUCAGAAAAAAAAGGUGUUUCCUUGAAAAACAACGUAAACUACAAUCAUUCACUUGGAUAGUUUGACAGUUUUUAUACUGUUUCAAAUACUGUGGAGUCAAAAGCAAAAUUCCUGAAGUCUGUGUUAAAACUUAAGAGUAUUAAAGUUCUUAUAAAAAGAAUAAAAGUAAGUCAUUUAUUUACUUACCAGUGGUUCUCUCUCUGGUCAAAAGAUCAGAGGAGACUGUGCUGAUAAAGGAGUGUUGAACAGAAAACAAAAUUCCUUCAUACCCAAACGGUUUGUGGUCUGUCGAUCUCAAAUUUUCUGAAUUAGAUUUUUUUAAACCAAAUCCCCCUGAGGGAUAAGAUGACCUGGAGUUGGACUUCUGAAACUGGCUGUUUCAGCUCUAUUUCUCACACGUUGGACCUCACCAGUACAAAGCCUUCUAGUGUGAAGUUGGUGCGAUUUUUUGGGGCAGUGCAGAUGAGCAAUCCUCCCAUCAACCAGCAAACAAAGUGACACACCGAAGCAGGAGUCUCCUCCCUGUUUCCGUGCUUUGUGAUUGAACUAUGCUCAGGCAUCUCCUCCAACACUGUUGCAUGCAUCGCGCUCCGAAAAAAUGUCACCGCCUUCAAUUCCUCAGCAGUAGAAUCAACACGCAGACAGGAAUGUGUCGUUAAAGAGAAGUGAUUUCUCAUUCAGCACCUUAUCACACUGACAAGAUACCUGCACAUGAAUCAUGAUUUUUAAUCUUUUCAUUUUGAGAUUAAACUGACCUGUAUGAAUACUUUUGGUUCAGUACCCAAAGACAAGCAUCAAAAGCACAACAGUAAACUGAAUGACAAGGUUUUUGAACACAUCAUAACCAGCUCGUUUUUGCUUUUUUGUUGUCUCUUAUAACAACCAAAACAAGCCCCCGCUAGUUCUUGCACUUUUGUGUAUCAUAUCUACAACCUGUUGUUGUUGUACAUAUGCAUAUUUAAGUGUAUAUACGGAUUUGGUGUCCAUGUUAUUUCACUAUAUAGCCUACUUAACGAGAAUUUUAACACUGGGAUAUAUACUAUUACAUUAGAAGGUCAGGCCAAGUAGUAGCCAACAAGAAUGACAUCAAUGGAACAAAGUUGUAUGCGCAUUAUUUGCUGUAUUUUUAUUUUUUCAAAUGACUUAAUUUAUUUUUAUUUUUAUUUUCUACAUAAUUUGUUCUACAAAUUAUUUUUCUAAUUGGUGCAUUUUUGCCAAAUAUUAUUGUACAUAGGCCUUGUGACUUGUAGCACUGAAAGCUGUUAUCUCUUUAGCCUUUCCCCCGCCCAAAGCUCACAUCUGGUUUAUAAACAGUAACUUUUUUUCCUUCUGCCAAAAAAACCGUAUCGUCGUAAGUUGUUGUUGAACAUUGCACAAAAACGCAAAUAUUCUAAGAGUUAAAUCGUUUGCAAGAGUAAUAUAUGCCUCUAUGUAUAGCUAUCAUUUAACAUAAUCAGAAAGUGUACUGUAUAUUACAAUCAUGUUCUUGUUGUAGCUGACAAGCACCUUUAUCAUGAGGUUUUUUUUUUUUUUUUGUAUGCGUUUUCUUCAUAGUUCAGUGUUUGGAGGGUUUUCUUCGAAAGAACACAACACCAGCUAACAUACAGUGACACCAACUUUGUCACCUGUGUUUUAUGAAUAAGUUGUCUUUCACUGACAAUCUGUAACCCAUUCCUGUCCUCCCCAUCUGCCUUUUUUUUCUUACUGGCGACACUGUAAAGACAAACUAGACUCUCUUUUCUUCCCAUACAGUGUUCCUGUUUUUAUGUCUGUCUCACCCGUGUGUGACCUCCUCAUAUCUGUGUGAAAUAAAGGAAGCACAUAUAACUGAAACACUACAUCAGUCAUCACGUGUAGCCUGCUGUAUACUGCAAGAGGCCAGUCUAACAAAACCUAAUUACUGCAUUUAUGUAAUCAUGGCAAAGGUAUAAUUGUAAAUAUUAAAGAAUGACACUAUGAACUCA